CCGAACGCCGUCCUCAAGUCAGAGACAGACACUGAGACUUUAGCUGUAACACACAGCCUCUUACACACAGGAUCUGACCACAGAUCAGACCCAGAGAGACUGGGGAAACUGGGCUGUCCUCCUGCUCCUGGCUCAGAGUAUUUACCAGUAUUUCACCAGAGCCCGUGGAUGGUUUAUUCCCGUGGUGAUGGUGACACAUUACACUCUGGCGGUGAUGAUCCGUCAUGUUCUUACACUACAGAGAUGGACCCUGGCAACAUGCCCUUGAGUUUAGAGACACAGACUGAUCUGUCUAGAGGGGACUGGAACCGGUUCAGUAGUAGUGUAUACUCUGAAGGGUCCAUAGAAAUAAAUAAGAAAGGGGAGGGUUUGGUCGUAGAUGAGGUCACUGUGAAAGUGGAGGGUGACUCUCCUCUGACAUGGAAUGCAGACGAGACUCACUUAGGAAAAGGACACUUGCAGGGCAACACCAGUGACUUCUUAGACUACAGGGAAAGCUUAGAGACAAAUCUAAAUGUCCCGACCCACUCCCCUUUACACACGUUCAAGGAUCGCGACCCAGUGUCUACGUCGAUGGGGCCUUCCGAUUCACACGGCUAUGUCGUUUUCGAUCAGGUAUUGAACUCAAAUGACAGGGCUAGAGCCCAGACUCAGGGAGGGGGAGCAACAUCAGGCAAUAGUAAAGAGAAACGGUUCCUCUGCAUGUUCUGUAACAAAGGCUUCAGCUGCCUCCAGAAGGUUGAGAUCCACCAGAGGAUCCACACAGGGGUGAAACCCUACGGCUGUACCCAGUGUAACAUGCGCUUCGCCCAGUCUAGCACCCUGAAGAGGCACCAGAGGGUCCACACAGGGGUGAAACCCUUCAGCUGUACCCAGUGUCAAAUGCGCUUUGCUCAGGCUGGUGACCUGAAGAGGCACCAGAGGGUCCACACUGGAGAAAGGCCGUUCGCCUGUAAUCACUGCGGGAAGAGGUUCUCAGAGAGGAGAUACCUCAAGAUACACCAGCAGAAAAAACAUUUCACUCUAUAACAUAGAAAGUCACAAUUCCACCCGAUAGCUUCUGACAUUUAUAAUAAAGUCAGAUUCAUUUUUGUCCGCUGAAAAAAUCCACAGAUGCAUUUGGAAUAACGAGAGUAACAUAUUUCAGUGUUGGAUAUUUCUGGGUAGAAUAUUGCAUCCAGACAUUGUGUGAUAUACAAUGCCUUCAGAAAGUUUUCAUAUCCCUUCACUUUCUCCAAAUUUUGUUGUGUUACAGCCGGAAUUUAAAAUGGAUUAAAUUGAGAUGGUCUUUUUACAAAUUAAACCCUGCGUUAAAGGUAGACUCAGCGAAUGCACAAAGUAAACUGCAGAAGUGGGCCUGUUUAUACAACAACUAAGAGCGCUGUAGUGCAAAGCCGAGACAUUGUGGGAUACAGUGCAUUCAGUAUUCACACCCUUUGACUUUUUCCACGUUUUGUUGUGUUACAGCUUGAAUUUAAAAUGGAUUAAAUUGAGAUUUUGAGGCACUGGCCUACACACAAUACACCAUAAUGUCAAAGUGGAAUUAUGUUUUUAGAAUUUUUUACAAAUUAAUAAAUGAAAAGCUGGAAGUUCUUGAGUUAAUAAGUAUUCCACCCCUUUGUUAUGACAAGCCUAAUAAGUUCAGGAGUACAAAUCUGCUUAACAAAUCACAUAAAUUGCAUGGAGUCACUCUGUGCAAUAAUAGUGUUUAACAUUUUUUUUUACAACAAUCUCAUCUCUGUACCCCACACAUACACAACUGUCUGCAAGGUCCCUCAUAUGAGCAGUGAAUUUAAAGAACCAAUUUGAGUGUUAUUGGAAUAAGUAUAUACACAAAUUUACAGUGUAAAUGUUUGAGGUCCUGCAAUCAGGGAUGGGGAUGGGAUUACUGUAUGUUUUGCCUUGUCAGCAUCUCGGGCCGGUGAUUGCGAAACCACCCUCUGGGAGCGGCCAUUGGUGUUGUCUGUAUUCUAUUGUUUUAAAUACAAAAAGGAAAACAUAUAUACACUGCUCAAAAAAUAAAGGGAACACUAAAACAACACAAUGUAACUCCAAGUCAAUCACACUUCUGUGAAAUCAAACUGUCCACUUAGGAAGCAACACUGAUUGACAAUAAAUUUCACAUGCUGUUGUGCAAAUGGAAUAGACAACAGGUGGAAAUUAUAGGCAAUUAGCAAGA